CAGGUGGCGUGAGAACUAUGUGACGUGUAAACGUGUCUCCUCUUGCCUUCUCCUCGCUCUCUUUCUGCUAGGCUGGACUCUCUUCACCGGGAGAGGGAGAGGAUCCGCACCUUCACGCAUCAGCCACUUUGGACAUGUGGGAUCUGUUUACUUUCACGUGACGGGUCCGCAUCAAACCCGUCUCGCGCUGCUGCUUCCUGUUUAAAGACUGGCUGAAAAAGGAGCGAUUCAUACCCAUAAAGGUGAAGCAGGUGACUGGGACACAUUCAGGUUCCAAAGAUGAGGAAGAGUUUAGACCAGGACUUCCUCUGUGAAGUGUUCGUCCGCCUGCUGCUGCUGGCUGUCUUUUUAGUGACUGAGCAACUGGCUCCGUUUACCCGGCAGAUCCAGCCUGAGGAAAUCUGGCUUUACAGGUUCCACCACGUGAAGAAGGACCACGUUCCUACCUCACUCAUGUUCAGCAUCGCUUUGUUUACGCCACUGGCCACCAUUCUGAUUUUUGCAUUCUUUAAAAGAACUGAAAAGGGGGAGAUGAAGGAGGCUUCAUUAGCUGUGACAUUGACUCUGCUCCUGAACGGAGUUUUCACCAAUGCUGUAAAGCUCACCGUGGGCAGGCCACGUCCCGAUUUCUUCUACCGCUGCUUUCCAGAUGGUAAGAUGAACCCGGAGUUUGAGUGCAGCGGCGACCCAGAAGUGGUCACAGAAGGCAGGAAGAGUUUCCCCAGCGGACACUCAUCAUUCGCAUUUGCUGGACUGGGCUUUACGGCACUUUUCGUGGCUGGGAAGCUUCACUGUUUCAGCCCGGCUGGUCGGGGAACAGCGUGGCGACUGUGUGCGUUUCUCACGCCUCUACUCUGUGCUGUCCUGAUCGCCGUAUCCAGGACUUGUGACUACAAACAUCAUUGGCAAGAUGUGUUAGUGGGAUCAAUGCUGGGUUUGAUCUUCUCGUACCUGUGUUACCGACAACAUUACCCAUCACUCACCGAAUCUGAUUCCCAUAAACCCCUGAGGUUCAGAGACACAAUACCCUCAGCACAGGAACGCAAACAAGCCUCUACAGGAUUCCUGUUGCCACUGUAGGGAUGGCAGUAGCACUAAUCACUAAUCUUGAAUUGUGUGAUGGACAUGUCUUCAUUCACAGCCCUUAAGCUGAUGCUGCCAGUAUGUGAGUGCGAGUGCGAGACGUAGGAGUCCCUGUUCCUGUUCGUCCUUCUUACAACGUGUGUAAGCUUAAAAAAAAAAAAAAAACCUUGUGUAUUAUAGAUAUUUGGAUUUGUAUUGGUUCGUUAACAGCCUGAGGUUUCUGCAUCAGGUUUCGAAUAUCUGUUUGAAUAUCAUAUAUGUCCCUCACUCACUGUCUUUAUAAUGGGGUCUAUCAAUAAAAUGUUUGGAAAG